UAAAAAGGCUGUUGGUACGUACCGGAACAUGAAACAGGACCUAGAGAACUCUCGUUACAAACGAAGUUAAAGAGAUUGUCAGGGUUUUCGUUUCGUGUGUAUCUUUUCUCUGUAGGGUUGUCUGGAAAAAACAUCAAUGGAGAUCAAGCUACUUGAACAACCAUUUUCUUCCAUUCUGAAUCAAAAUGCUGCAAAAUCUUCAAUACCCAUAUCUUGUUUCACACCCAAAGCAACUUUCAAAGUUAUGUGUUCGAGUUUUGGUGCGAAUGUGUAUCGCUCUCUUGGAGUUUCCUCUUCUUCGUCGAACAUAAGGUUUUCAAAGAAGCAAAGGGUGGAUGAGAGUGAGAGCCUGACCCUCAACGGUAUAAGACACUCCUUAAUUCGACAAGAAGAUAGCAUAAUAUUUAGCCUUUUAGAGAGAGCUCAGUAUCGUUACAAUCCUGACACAUAUAAUGAAGGUGCAUUCUCCAUGGAUGGAUUUCAUGGGUCUUUGGUUGAGUUCAUGGUCUGGAAAACUGAAAGGCUCCAUGCUCAGGUUGGCAGAUAUAAAAGUCCAGAUGAGCACCCCUUCUUCCCAGCAUAUCUGCCAGAACCAAUGCUUCCACCUCUGCAAUAUCCAAAGGUUUUACAUCACUGUGCUGCUUCAAUUAACAUAAACAUUAAGGUUUGGAAUAUGUAUUUUGGAGAGCUUCUACCAAGAUUGGUGGAAGCUGGAGAUGAUGGUAAUUGUGGGUCUACUGCUGUUUGUGAUACAAUGUGCUUGCAGGCACUUUCAAAAAGAAUUCACUAUGGUAAAUUUGUAGCAGAAGCAAAAUUUCGAGAAUCCCCUGCAGCUUAUGAGGAUGCCAUAAGAGCAAAAGAUAGGUCUCGAUUGAUGGAGCUCCUGACAUAUGAAACAGUGGAAACAGCAGUGAAAAAGAGAGUGGAAAUGAAAGCGAAAACAUAUGGUCAAGAGCUAAACAUUGACCAGACUAAUGUUACAGCAGAUCCAGAUCCUGUAUACAAAAUCAAGCCAAGUUUAGUCGCCAAUCUCUAUGGGGAUUGGAUCAUGCCUUUAACAAAGGAAGUUCAGGUUGAAUACUUGUUAAGAAGGUUGGACUGAAGUGAAGAUCACCAUUUACUUUUAGCUUCCCUCUCCACAGACCAAGGAAGGAGAAACCACAGCGUUCAUGAACUUUUAUCUUUUAUCAGGUUAAUUAAAGAGUUUCACUUUUCUAAUUUAUAGCAUAGCUUUCUGGAAAUGCCCGGUAGUAAUCUUCUUCAUCGAGAAGGAAAAGGGUUCAAAUCCGAGAACUCUUCCCUCCCUUGGGAAUCUCAAGCAUCAAAGCAAGCUUCAAGCUUGCAGUUUGGAUCCACAUUCAGUUUAGCAAGGGCAGCUUCUCCUUUUGUAGAUUCUCAUUUUUAUUUAGAUUUACAGUAUGAAAAGUUUCUUCCAAAAUAAUGGAUGUCAUUGUCAACUUUUGAGCUGGAAAAUGAACGAAACUUGAUCCCACCAUGUGAGAUUGCUAUCAUCUUUUCAUCAUAUCAUCAUCAUAUUAUAAUAUU